AUGCAGUUCACGGCGAAACUACUUGGCGCGAAGGACGACGCAGUGACGAUUGACCUUCUACCACAAGUACAAGUACGACAUCUCAAAAUGAAAAUUGCCGAUACAAUGCUGCUUCCACAAGGAUCGUUCAAAGUUUUGAAUGCGGGCAAGCCCCUCCACGAUGACGACUCGCAGUUGAUCGCAGCAGGUUUGAAAGAAGGGGCCAAAUUGACGAUCGUAAUAAAUACUGGGGAUACGGUAAGUUUGGAGUAUCUAAAUGUAUACUUCGCAGC